GCGCUUUCUGAUUGGGUGAGGGAUUCCGGUUUGUCCCGCCUCCUUUUUAGCAAAGCGCGCGCAGCGACGGUUGUAAUCAGUUUUAUUUUUUCCGUUGGGGUGUACGUUCGGGGGCGGGGGAGGUAAGUCGGCUGUUUCAGGGCAAAGCCGGUAUGGGCGGGAGGGUAGCUGCCGUGAGGCUCCCCGUUUUCAUAAAUAAAGAAAGGCCUCGCUGGCCUCUAGUUCCUUCUGACAUGCCUUGCAUUCCCCUCCUCCCGGGCUUAGGCCUUCCACUGUAUUGCGCUGCUCGACGGUGGCUUCCCUCAGACUCUCCUGGAAAUGUCUUGCUCAGACUUCGCACACCGCAUCGAUGAGUGACAAGUGCUUCUUUCUUGUUUUUUUCGGCGGGGGGCGGCGGCGGGAAACUCAUCAGGAAGUUUGCUUGUUUGUUGCGGGCCCAGUCGCAGUGCGAGGCAGUGGCAAAAUGUAAAAUGUGAUUAAUCAACUCAAACAGACAAUGAUCUGGUUUAGAAAUGGCCACAGUUUUAUUGAUUACGGAUACAGGUGGAUUUUUGGCUCGGGCAUUGGGUGCAUGUACAUCCGUUCCAGCCCCCCGGACAAAUAAUACUAAUUAAUUUUAAAUAGGUAAAGGGACUCCGUUCCCCCAGAGUUCCUGCUCAAAAGAACUCCUGUAGGUGACCCUUUACUUUUUGAUCCAGAGUACUUCUUACUUGUUUUGCUGGAACUUACUAACUUAAAACAUCAAACAUUUAAAACUUCCCUAUAAAAGACUGCCUUCAGAUGUCUUCUAAAAGUCAGAGUUUAUUUCCUUGACAUCCUACGGGAGGGCAUUUCACAGGGUGCGCUCGACUAUUAUUAUUAUUAUUUAUUACUUACACCCCGCCCAUCUGGUUGGGUUUCCCCAGCCACUGGGCGGCUUCCAACAGGAGAUUAAAAAUACAUUAAAAUAUCAGUCAUUUAAAAACUUUCCUAAACAAAGCUGCCUUCAGAUGACUACAGUCAUACCUUGGGUUGCAUAUGCCAUACGCUGUGGGUUGUGUACUUUUGGGUUGCGUACUCGGUGGACCCGGAAGUAUUUACUUCCGGGUUCUGCCGCAUGCGCUGAAGCGUUCUGUGCAUGUACCCAGAAGUGCUCUAUUGGUGCUUUGCACAUAUGCUAAAGCGCCGCUCGGGUUGAGUACUUUUCAGGGUGCGAACGGCACCCUGGAACGGAUUGGGUACUCGGCCCGAGGUACCACUGUACUGAGAAGGCCUGGAACAAUCCUAGAAAAAAUGUUCCCUUAGGAAAAUACAAUAAUACCUCUGAGAACAAUUCCCGCUUGUCUAGCGUCCAUUCCGGCAAAUGGGUUACUUCCGAGUUUGCUGCAUGUGCAGAAGCGUAAACUGCUCCGCGUGUGUGUGCAGAGAUGCGGCACUUUGCCUUGCGUCCUUUUUGGCUAGCGGCCGGGGCUCUGGAACGGAUCCCGGCCACAAAACAAGGUACGACUGUAGCCUAGAAUCACUGUUUUUCUGUGGUGCAAAUGACCAAAAUUGGUGAUUAGUGCACCUUUAAGACUGUUUGCUCUCUUGGAGCUGCUUUUAGUCUAAGAAAUGGUUAUUUUUCCUCCUCCUACCUUGGCAGAUCAUUGUGUUGUUUGCUUAUGGUGCACACAAAGAGAGUAGCAGAUUAUUAUUAUUAUUUACAAGUACCGGUACGCAGCUGACUGGGAUGCUCACUUAGAACCAAUAGGUCUUUUGAUGGAUAAUAAAUUAAUACAUUAUUUAUACGUUGCCUUUCUACAUUGAGUUUGCUCAAAGCAGCUUACAAGAAAAAUCCACUUACUAUCAAAUACAAAACACAGGUUGAGGUCGGUGGAGAAAGAAGUUUACAGAAUAAAUUCAAAGAAAAUGAAAUCAAUAAUUCAGCAAGCAUAGGAAAAAAAACAAGAAGAAAGUUACAGUAAUAUACAAUAAAGUUCCAGCUGCUGGUGCUGCUCUUUUUGUCUGCCAAGGAGCCUUAGCAGCCUGGCUUAAGUACAGUUCAAAUAGAAAGAUUGACUUGCUAGGUUAGAUAAUUUGCAGCUGGCUUUCUUGUUUCUCUUCCAGAGAAGACAAACAGCAGAAAAAAAAGAGAGAUGCUGAGGAGGGCAAUGACAGUAAGUAAUUUUCACCAGCCUCCUGGAUGUUCCAACUGCUGAUUUAGCUAGAGUUUGCUUGCCAAGACUUGAAAGGAAGGGAUCUAGCCGUGAAACAGCAAGCUGGAAUCUUCCUGUCUUGUGGUUCAAAUAUAGGAAGAGCUUCAGUUUUCAGACUGGGGCACCUACUAGUGGACAGCAUGAAGCCUACCAUGGACUGAAGCAAUAACAGCACAAGGAAUGUUCCAAGGGAAAUAAGUACCUUUUCAAUCAGGUAAUUUGCUUUCCACCAGCGAACACCAGAAGUAGUGCUCUAUACAGAGAUGUCAACAAGAAAGCUGUCAGGAGUGUUUCAUCCAUUCGUAGCACGUUUCCUGGGAAAAGCAGGAAUGUGUGACUGCUUUUGUUCACUGACUAGGUAACUGGAAUUAACCACAUUUCUUGAGAUUACCAUAUAAUUUAAUAUUAUUUCCUGUGUGAGACACCAUAUCGGUUCUGCAAAAUGUAGCCCACAUUGGAGAUAAGAAUGAUCCCUUAUUUACAUCAAUUCUAUGAAUGACGAGCUGUACUGAACACACACAGCCCUGUGUGUGUAAGGUUAUCUCCCCCUUGGACUACUGUGACAUGCUAUAUGUGGGGCUAUCUUUGAAGGUGACACUGAAACUAUAACUAAUCCAGAAUGCAGCAUCUAAAUUGGUGACUGGAGCAGCCACCAGGACCAUAUAACUCUGGUUCUGAAAGACCUACAUUUUACGCAUAUGUCCCAGAGUUUGAGAAAUAAUAUCUUGGCCAUAACCAGAGAAUUGACCUGUGGGAUUUAAAUUUAGUUCCCCAACUCUGACUCCAUCAGCACUGCACUAGUUCUUACUAUAUUUAUAAUAAAGUUCUGUCAAUUGGGUAAUGUUUAAACAUUAGACCAUUAUAAAAUACUUUAGCCUUGACUUUUACAGGCCUAUAUUUUAGCUCAUAAUAUCAAUCUCAACAUGUUGUACCUGGCAGUUUGAAACACUGCCCUUGCAUUAAACUUGUGUUGCCUAUAUGAUCUGUUGGCCAGCAUGAACUGGUUUCAUGUACUCUGUACUCUCUUACUGCUUCUUGCUUGCUAUGGCGUUUUACAUAAAUAUUUUUCCUUAAAGUUCUUUUAUCAGGUGCCUGGGCAUUGCAACAUCAACAAAGGUUACAGGGCUGGGAAUACAUAUGAAGUGGAAAGAACAGUGUGCAAUUUAAAUUAGUUUAUGAUUGUAGGGAGAUUGUUCUAACCAAUUUUAUGAGAAACAAAUAACCUUUUUAGCAACGGGAAAUACUUUUGAAGCAAUAUUAAUAAAAACACAUUGGCUAUAGCAUCCUUAGACUAUUGCCUUGUACUGUAUUUCAAAAAGUAAGUAUAGUUGUCUCUUGGUACGUAGAAAGAGGAGUGGGAUGAUGUGUUCAGAGUGAUUUAAUGGCUGGAUAUUUUAUAGUUUCUUGUUUGCUGUUCUCCAUUUUCUUAUGUAGGUUACAUUAUGUUGGCAGUUUCCACUGACAAAUAUUGGGGUGCAGUUUUAUAUGUCAGUAACUUCUGUGACAAAAGUGAAAUUGCCUUUUUGAAAAAGGUUUAACAGUGUGAUCUUGUGAAUUGAUCUGCGUUAAGCUGCAGUGACUACUGAAUUGUAUUCAACUUUCUGUGAGGAGAUCAAAAAUCUGGAAUACGUAUCGGAGAUCUUGGGCUCCUGAUUUCAAGUGGAAGCAUUCAUGAUUGUGCAUGUUUCGCCAACACUUCAAAAAAAAAUGCCAGAUGGGAGCAGAAGCUGAUGUCCAAAGUGCCAAGUAGCAGUGAACAUCCAGAUUUGAAUAAUAUGAAAAUCAUAAUAUUUCAGCACAGAAACAGGACUGGAAAAUUUCAUUGAUGUUGUCAUCUCCUUGUCUUCAAGAAUCUUAAUAAACCUGCAUAUUUAACUAAAAGUUAACAAACACAGCUAAGUUUUAGAGACAAUAGUAGCAUAUCCCUUAAGAAGUCUGAUGCUGUUGAAGCAUGUUUCCCGGGCUCACUGUGACUCAUCCCAUAAAAGUCACAUGGGUAGAAAUGGCUGUUGGACACAAUAGUGUUCUGGGCUCUUUAAAACACAAACAGUGUGUUUCAGUUGUAUGAUACAUCUCAGUUUGUAAUGUUUUAUUAGGGAUACUUAACCACCUUCCCAAAUUGGUAGGAUGGAUUUUUUAUUUGGGUAAUUUGUAUGAAAUACUAAUAUUGCUACCCUUUAAUGAAUUAUUUGAAAAAUGAAGAGUGAUUAUAAGUCAUUUUAAGCACCGUGUGUUAAAUGAACUAUUAUAUUUAUUAAAAAUUUCUUCAUAAUCAAAAAACUGAAAGAACAGCAUGUCCGCAGCACCUCAAAUUCAUAUUUUCUUUGGUGCACCUAGCCUCCCAGCCUCAUUAAAGACUUCUAAAGAAGAGAGGUUUUCAGCAUCUACUGCUGAAAAAUGGCAGAAACUCUACUUUUCAUUUCCUAAGGACACUUUUAAACUUUGUACUAGAAAAUGUAUGUGUCUUGAACAUGUGGAUCAUCGGACACCGAAUGAUACAGAAUUGACUGCUCAGUCGAAAAAUCAAUUCCCAACAGAUGGUGGAAAAGAAUAUGGGUUGACUGAUGGUUUUUUGACAGACUUUAGAGCUGGGGCUGGAAGAGUAAAAUUACUCGGCAAUGGAGCUAAGCAUCUUCCAUAUCAGCAGCUUCUCACUGAUACAAAAACAGGUGAACCAAGCAAUCAAUCUGAAGAUGCCAAAGGAGGUACCAGUAAGAUGCACAACAACCUUACUAUUCCUCCCUUGGCUUCUAGUACCGAAAAGUUUAGCAGAGGUCUAGAGUCUAUAGGACAGGAUGAUAAACCAUCAGAUGUUCAGUGUGCUCAUUACCAGCUCUUGAAUCAAUACUUGGAAGGAUGUUUCCCACAAGUAAUGAAAGAAUCUGGAAAACCACUAAAUAUGUAUUCAAAUCUUCCAGUUUCAACAGACACUGAAUUCCUUAGUAUUCUGACUUCAAGCCAAGUUGCUCUGCUUUCAGGAGGGCAUGCUGUAGGACAAAAUGAAACACAAAACAAAUGUACAAAGGCGAGUGGAACAGAAUUGGAUGGACUUUGUAGGGAAGAUGAAGCAUCCACAGAACUGCAUAUUCAGUUAAAUGAAAAUGGUGGUUUGUGUGCAAAUAUCACUGAUACAGAUAGCUCUCUUGAACUGUUUGACUUUGAUAGUACCGUGAAAAGCAACUCGUAUUUGAGAGAAAAUAGCUUUCAAGAAAAUGCUGAUAUGCCUACUGACCAUUUGUGUUCAUCUGAUGAUCAACCUAAGAAAGAAGUACAUUAUAUUGAACCACGGAAGAAAGGAAUAUUGUGUUCUCAAGUCAGCCACUCUGGUAAAAGAUCUCAAACAUCUGAAGAUAUUUCACCAGCAACUUACAUUACACUCGGAGACCAACGGCAAUCAAAGAAAGCCAAAUUGAUUUGUUCUCCAGUAUGUGCAGUUCCACAAAUAGAGCAACUGAGAAUUUCAGGGUUUAAGAAACUUUUGAAACACCCAUCCCUGCUUAAAGACUGUUUAUGCAAAGGUCAGAAGUACACCGUCUUAGUCACAGUUCUACAUCCUUGCCAUAUUAAAGAAAUACAAACAAAGCCAGGAUCUAAAUUGUCCUCAAGAGUCCCUCUAGCCACAGUCGUAGUUUUUGAUCAGUCUGAAGUACAACGAAAGAUUGCGCUGUGGAGAGCAGCAGCAUUUUGGUCACUUACAAUGUUUCCUGGCGAUAUCGUACUGUUCACAGGUAAGGGGUAAAAUGGCACUUAUCAGUUCAUUUAUGACAUUUUCCAUAGGCAGUAUUCUAGACAGUGAACUGGUAUAUAUACCUUUCUGCUGAGUCUCGGGUACAAUGUAAAGUGUCUCUGAAACACAUUCCCUAUUGUAAGCACAUUUAUAAAAAUUACACCACAACUAAAGAGAUGUGGUAGAGGAGUCGCUCUCCAGUCCCACCCUACAAUUAAUGUUUCCUAACUAUUUGGAACAUCCAAGAAACCUCUAUCGAACAUUAUCAUGACACUGCAUAAUCUGUUCUCCUCUGCUCCCCACAAAGCCAGUAUUUUUAAUACUGCUUUAACUCAAGGCAGCAACUAAAUUGGAGCACAAUUAAAUAAGAGAUUGUUCUUUUCUCAACAUGCAUCUGCUCAGAUUGGAUGAUCAGAAACAACCUUUGCACUCGCUUCUCCUUCUUCCCUUGCAUGUGGCAUCACUGUCAGUUUGCAGCUUAACAAUAAGCAUGAUUUGCUGUAGCACUGGAAUUGAAAAGCAUUUAUUAGUGUUUGCCCUCCAAAGUCAGGGUUUGAAGUGAGUUUCUGAUUUUUGUUUGGAGGUCAAGUGCUAAUCAGUGUUUGCCACAAUGAUGGAGGAGAAAGAAAACAGUUGGUGGCUCAAUUCAUAAAAACAUGGAUUGGAGGCUUGGCAAAACUCUUAUGCUAUCUCUGAAGACUCAACUUUGAAAAAUUAUUCUUUUUUCCCAUCAGAACUGUAUUUACUGUCACCCUAGCAGAGACAGGCAGUUGUGAAGGGUUCUCCACAACGUGUUUUGAAGCCAAAAUUUGGAUUGAAAGCUGGACUUUUAAUAUUGCCAUAUCUUUGCCCAAUUCAGACAGACUAAAUAUCUAAAAUGUCAUGCAAAGCUUGAACAACUUGGUGGCGCUAAGUUUUUGAACAGGGACUAGUCCAGCUUGUAGAUUUGAAGUGGGAUAUGUCUGUGUGUGUCCCCCACCCUGUGACCC